AUGACUUUCGCAGACUCUUUCCUUUCCGGUUUCUCAACCGUGCAUAACUCGAUAGGAUACAAGAAGGGGUAUAAUUUUAUCCUAUGGUUCAUCUUCGCUGGUGCCCUCUUUGGCUUUACUCUUGCCCGAUUUUCUUUCCUGAACUUCGCUAUCUUUGAGGCUGAUGCAGUCCCCGGACAAUGGUACUUCACGCGCAUGGGCCGUGAUCGAGUUGGCCUCCUCAUGCAUUUAGCCGCCGUGCUUCCAUGCGGCAUCCUUGUGAUAUUCCAGUUUAUUCCGAUAAUUCGACACAAAUGGAUCCUGAUCCAUCGUAUCAACGGCUACAUCAUCUUCGUCCUGCUUCUUAUCUCGCAUGCGGGCGCUCUCAUGAUCAUGGAACACUCCUUCGGCGGCGGGGUUGACAUUCAAUCUGCGGUCAUCACGGUUGUCAUCGCAUGUACAGUCAGCUUCUCGCUCGCACUUUACAACAUUCGCUGCAAGCAACUCGAGCAGCACCGCGCCUGGAUGCUCCGCACUAUGUUUUACAUGGGCUGCAUUAUCACCAUUCGAAUCUGUCUCAUCAUCUCGGCUUCAAUUCUUGGCGCUCUCCCCAAUCUGCGUUAUGAUGUCUGGUCGUGCGAUCAGGUCCAAUUCACGUUCAUCGAUGGCGCCGCUGAUGCCGUUACCGCCGCCGCAAAAUUAGCAAAACUAUUCCCACAAUGCACCGCUCCCAACUCAACGGAUAUAAUGGUCGCAGUUCCCGCUUCCCUUACCCUGAGCAACCCUGUUUCAGCUGGUGCGGCGUUCAACCUCAGCUUUGGUCCAGCAAUCUGGAUAUCGUUUAUGCUCCAUGCCCUUGGCGUUGAGAUCUACCUCCGUCUUACUCCAAAGGAAGCAGCACGCCUCCGUGCAAUCAGUUAUGAGCGUCAACUAGCAGCCGGCUAUAAAAAUCCUGGCAGCGCAGGAUUAGUUGUUGAAAAACUAGGGGAUGCUGAUCCAUGGAAGGGUCCCAUUUAG